CUAUAUGCCUUAGUAGAAUAAUGAAAUUCAGUGAAAUAUUUGACUUUAGAAUCCGUUUUAUCUAGGCCUAUAUAUUCAGUUUAUGUUCUUUUUAUUUACAGUGAAAUCUCAAACUUUUGCUCAAACUUUUUUAUGAAUUCUUAUAGGCUGUGUUAUAUACUGCAAUGAACCCAAGGGACCUAGAUCAAACUGGAAACACGUUACCUAUUGAAUCUCCCCUCAACUCCCCUUCUCUGUCCUCAGCAAGACUCUCCCCAUGUCUUAUCCCUCUUUUUCCUUCCCCUUCUUGUCUCUCACCGUGUCCCGUUACCUCAGGCUCUUCUCCCUCCCGUCUCUCACCUUUGUCCACUUCUCCUUCUCGUCUCAGUCCAUCUUCUCACUUUAUUUCGUCUUACUCUCCUGUUCGUCUGUCUCCCUGUCCCACAUUUGACCAAUCUACCUCACCCACUAGAGUGUCCCCCUGUCCUGUGCCUCUUUCCCCCUCUGUUGUCUUAAAAAAGCCUAUCCGUAUUUCCUCCUUCAGUCAAAUAGGGCAAAGCUUGGAACAACAGAACCAGAUUGAUAGUUCUCCUGAAAGCAUCAUCAAUACAGUGGAUACAUCCCUAAAUUCACCACAACUGAAGUCAGUCAAUACCAUUUCUCUAUUAGAGACGUCAAUUAGAGUGCUACCAACAGACGAAAACAAACCAUUACAUUCUGCUGAUAUGCAUAGUAAAACAUGGCCAGUAGAAAGCAAAAUGUCUAGAUUCAAGCCUGUUUCAUUUAAUGAGAGAAGUAUAAGAUCAAUCCCCAUAACCAGCACGAGGGGUCAAAAAAAGCAAACUGGCCAACAACAAGAGUCAUUCAGACCUCCACAGCAAGAUAAACCAAAGCAAAAUUCGAACAACUAUUGCAGGGGCGCUACCAAGCCUUCAACGUUUGAAAGCUUAAGCCCAAAAAACCUCAGACAUGUUGAAAAAAGUGCAUAUAGACCACAAAAUUUUGCUAGCUAUCAAAAGAAGCGCCAAUCUCAAGACCCUACCCUAGUUCGAAUCCGGCUUGGAUUGAUUAAAACAGGCAGGAUUAUAAACUCUGGUGCCCAGUUUUCCAAUCUGGAGAAGAUCAAGGGAAGCAGUGAAGAGAACAACCCAAAAAUUCAGAGCGAUGGACAUCCUGCUGUUUCAGAAAAGUUAAAACAGCCUAUUCGUUCAAAGACAAUGUUAGGAGCAGCCAAGCGGAUAAUAAGACCGACUAUGAUGUGUGAGAGGAGCUGUAGGACACCUCAAAACCAACCACAAGCUUCAGCUGAAGGAACAAGACAGUUCUCCAAACAGUCAGCACUUACAAAUCCAGUCUCAUCACCUAAAGCUACCACAGACCAAAAGGAUAUUUUUCAAGAACUGAAUAAUGCAAGUUCUCUAAAGGAAUACAGUGAACUGGUUUCAUCCAACUCAGAGCUUCAAGACAGAGCUUCAGAGGACUGUAACGCCACCAAUGAUAGUUCUCAUAAAAGUAAUAGGAUGAUGAGCUCCUCCCAACACAAUCAAACCAGUGCUAAUGACAACCAAGUGUCUAAACCAAAGAUCAGUCCUCAGUCUGCAGCUUCCGAGACAGACAGCGCCGUCAUCAGAUACAGUAAUGCAUCAGAUCAGUGCAGCCGGAUGAGCUGCUUCCACUUCCCUUUGAACAGUCACAGAUCAUCCACUGAAUCCGGUCAGCUGUGCCGAAUCUGUAGACCUGUGAUCAAAAGAACAUCUGACAAUAGACCUGCAUACUUCAAAACUCCUCAGGCAUGGAGAAGAUCUUCCUCAAACCAGACAGGGAACACAAGAAGGGAUGUCAGCAAUUCAUCCCAAAAUAGAUGCAGCCUUUCGGAUUCAGAUUCUUCUAAAUCCUCUUCAAGCGAAGCGAACUUGCGUGAAGAUUACAGAUUUGCAAGAAGACACAGAGGCUUGCAGAUACACAAAAAGUGUGUUACUAGUCCAACUAAAUUUGUUGGAGAGAAACGUGAUUCAGCCAUUCACCCGGACCUCUUGGACAGCUCAAACACACACACAGACUCUGAAAUGCUGAAAUAUCCCUUGGCUGGAUGGAUGCCACAGUGUCCGUUCACUCUAGAUCAACAACAAGAGUCCAAACACACACUUCAUUCUACAGAUUGUGACAGAUUUCAAGACAUGAACUCCUCGCGGUUAACAGAGCGAGAAGACCCCCUACCAUUACAGCCAUCUGUAGUUGCAGACACGAGGAGCGGAGUUGACUCCUGUCCUGAAGAAUGUGGGUCUACAGACAUGUCAGAAAUCGUGCCCCCUGAAGUGAGACCUAAACCUGCCGUCCCAGCUAAACCCUCUCAUGUGGUCCCGCCUUCUAGUGGUUCCUUUGUGCCUUCACCCCAAGGAACAGGGGGCGAAGGUCAAGGGUCAGGUCGAGGAUCUGCAUUGCUUGGAUACAUCGGAAUAGACACCAUCAUCGAGCAGAUGCGGAAGAAGACAAUGAAGACAGGCUUUGACUUCAACAUCAUGGUGGUUGGUCAGAGUGGUCUUGGGAAGUCUACUUUAGUGAAUACUCUCUUUAAGUCACAGGUGAGCAGGAGGAGCACAGGCUGGAGUCGUGAUGAGAAGAUCCCAAAGACUGUUGAGAUUAAAUGUGUAUCUCAUGUGAUUGAGGAAGGAGGGGUGAAGAUGAAGUUAACAGUCGUUGACACACCAGGUUUUGGGGACCAAAUCAACAAUGAAAAUUGCUGGGAGCCCAUAUCCAAAUACAUCAAUGAACAAUACGAAAAAUUUUUGAAGGAAGAAGUCAACAUUGCUCGCAAGAAACGCAUCCCUGAUACCAGAGUGCACUGCUGCUUGUACUUCAUAUCUCCAACUGGACACUCGCUUCGCCAGUUGGAUAUUGAGUUCAUGAAACAUCUGAGUCGUGUGGUCAACAUCAUUCCUGUCAUUGCCAAGUCAGACACACUCACUCUUGAUGAGAAAACUGAAUUUAAACAGAGGGUGAGGAAGGAGCUGGAAGCGUGUGGGAUUGAGUGUUAUCCACAGAAGGAGUUUGAUGAAGACAUGGAGGAUAAGAGUGAUAAUGAUAAGAUCAGGGAGGCAAUGCCCUUUGCAGUGGUAGGAAGUGAUAAAGAGUACCAGGUCAAUGGCAAACGGGUUUUGGGCAGGAAGACAGCCUGGGGAGUGGUUGAGGUUGAAAACCCAAAUCACUGCGAAUUCUCCUUACUUCGUGAUUUCAUGAUUAGGUCUCACCUCCAGGACCUGAAGGAGGUCACUCAUAACAUCCACUACGAGACGUACCGUGCCAAGAGGCUCAACGAUAACGGAGGUCUGCAUCCCAUCUCCUCCUCUGGCCAAGACACACAAGAAAGCAACCUGUGAGGAAACAAAUGAGCGGCAUAGUAAGGAUGUGAGAGAAGACUAGGAUUCAUCUUGUAGUAAUUCAGCUGUGCAUGCUCAGAUGAUUUCAUCGCUGUGGAGGUUUUGUCCUUAUGCUCCUUUUAACCCUUUGUGGAACUUGUCAUCAUCUCUUGUCGCACAACCUUUGAAAAUUAGAAAAAGCCUUCCCCAGUUGCUCGCUCUGCUGACUUUAGUGAGCAAGUUUGCUCGUGAUAAUCUUGUUCAGGUCUGAUAUGAUGGCACAUAGUCAUUUGUGAUUGGAAAUUGCCCAGUGUUGGCAUAUUACUAGCUCUGUCCUCUACUGGAACCUCUGUUAGACACAUUUGAGCAGUUUUAUAUUGUUAGAUGGAGGAUUGCACUGCCACUGCAGUCUGCAGCUCAAUGGGCCUUAUUUAUUAAAACAUUUAGCACACUUUUAGUACCUAUGCCAAUUAAACAUACUCAAGUUAUGAGUGAGCCUACUUAAUUUUAACAUGCAAGUGUUUUAAUAAGUAUUUCAUCUCUUUGGCCCUACAAGGGUGCAGCAGUGUUUCUCUAAGUACGUUAGAUUCUGUAGUACUAACGUCUUUUUACCUUUGCUGUGUAACUCUGCCAAAGCAAGUCUCAGAGGACUCUGAAGUGACCACUGAAGUAUAUUCCUACAGAUCAUUCCAAACAAGUACAACAGUUUAAAUGCACGCCAGGAUUUACAGUGGCUAAUGUGUUUAAAUAGCUUUCCAGCAGCCAAUUAAACUUCAGGAGGAAACGAAAGAACACUGAUUAAAAAUGAUCAGUGCCUUUAACAAAUCAAGAGUUUUAGUUUUGAGGUUUUUCUUCAGCACAUUUUGUAUGGACACACCCCAUGUUUGUGUGAAUGAGUAUAAAAAUUACAAAGCUUUCUCAACAUUUUGCAUAUGGUAACAGUGAUUUCUGUCUGAUAAUGUGAUGGAAUUUUGAUUUUCAUUUCCCAUGUGUGCCAACAUUUCCAAAUGUGUGUUUAUGUGUAAUUCAUCUCACAAUAUCACUUCACAGACUGAUACAUUAUGUAUGUAGGAAUUGUGUACAUACUGAUCCUAAAUCAGUUCUCCAAUCAUUCAUAUCACGUUUAAUUAAUGCUGGUGUGGAAUAAUAAAACGCCUUUGAACAAUAAUUAUGAAACAUUAUUUAUAUUGUAUUUAUGUUUUAUUUAUUAUGAUACUUAUGUUUUAAUUUAAUAAACAUGUUUGCCAUAA